AUGCAUGAGAGUUGUUCUGCCAAUCUCCUGCAACAUAGGUUUGAUGGUGGUGGUGGUGGCGGUGAUGACGAAGGAGGCGGUGGUGAUGGUGGUGGCGGCGGUGGUGACGCAGGAGGCGGUGGUGAUGGUGGUGGUGGUGAUGGUAGUGGCGGUGGUGACGAAGGAGGCGGUGGUGAUGUUGGUGGCGGUGGUGACGGUGGUGGCAGUGGUGACGAAGGAGGCGGUGGUGAUGACCUGGGUGGUGGUGAUGACCUGGGUGGCGACAAAGGUGGAGGUGAUGACCUGGGUGGGGAUGAAGGUGGCGGGGAUGACCUAGGUGGYGAAGAAGGAGGAGGUGAGAACCUGGGUGGCACUGAKGGUGGCGGUGAUGGYCUGGGUGGGGAUGAAGGUGGCGGGGAUGACCUAGGUGGUGACGAAGGGGGAGGUGAUAACCUGGGUGGCACUGAUGGUGGCGGUGAUGACCUGGGCGGGGACGAUGGUGGCGGGGAUGACCUGGGUGGGGACGAAGGUGGCAUUGAUGGCCUAGGUGGCAAUGAAGGUMGSGAUGGUGACCUGGGCAGUGGUGUUGGUCGUGAUAGUAACAAUCGAAUUGGAGUUGGGAACGAUGCAAAACAUGGCGUUAGGUCCGCCACCAAGCAUGUCGUCGCAGUCGUCACCGGGGAUCCGGCCAAGACCAUCACCAAAACAGCUACUGCACAUACUGURAUGUAUGUUGCUYGCAUCAUUUUCCCCUACUCGAAGAAUGCAAAGAGAGAAAUUAACACAACUCUAGAGGAGUUGUGUUUUCUGUAG